CCAACCUGCUGCCUUCUGGGGGUGGCUUUGUGGAGGGCCUCUGGGUCUCUUUGCCAGAGCCCCCACUUCCACCCCGACCCCUGGUCCGCCCAGUCAUUGUUUAGGUAACUGUCUCUGUAGGAAGUAGAAGCUGACUGGUCACUGAUGAGAGCCCAGGGAAAUUUUCUGGGUCGAAAUUUACGGGAUCGCUCCCCGCCCCUGCGGCUAACGCAGAAAUAAUUGUCCCAGCAGAACUUCUCAGUCACCCGCAGAUGUGCGGGGAAACCUGGCACAGGCUUUGCACACGCGCUGCAGAGAAACGAGGGGGUUUGAGCCGUCAAUCCCAGCGCAAGACACGAGCAAAGUAAACCCAGUCAAUGUGAACCAGUUUGGCUGCAGGUGGUACUGGAGCCAUGAGCAGUAAUGAAAUGGACCUAACCAUUGGUUUCAUCUCCUCUUCUAUAGCUAUAAUUUUGUUUGGUUCCAACUUUGUACCUCUUAAAAAAUAUGAUACUGGUGAUGGGAUGUUUCUCCAGUGGGUACUUUGUGCUGCCAUAUGGUUGGUUUCUCUGGUGGUCAAUAUUAUAUUACACUGCCCUAAGUUUUGGCCUUUUGCAAUGGUCGGAGGCUGUAUUUGGGCAACAGGAAAUAUUGCUGUAGUCCCAAUUAUCAAAACCAUUGGUCUAGGCCUUGGAAUCUUAAUCUGGGGAUCAUUUAAUACCUUAACAGGUUGGGCAAGCUCAAGGUUUGGCUGGUUUGGAAUGGAUGCAGAAGAAGUACCCAAACCUCUACUAAAUUAUAUCGGAGCUGCACUAUCAGUAAUAAGUGCUUUUGUAUUCCUGUUUAUCAGAAGUGAAACACCGAAUAGCACAUGCUCCACAGACACCACACCACUAAUCACAGAACGUGUGGUCAACAGUACUCCAGAUCCCUGUCCAGAUUAUUCCUGGGUGAAUAAACUUUCUACAGUACAACAUCGCAUAGUGGGCUGUAGUCUUGCAGUGAUAUCUGGAAUACUUUAUGGAUGUACGUUUGUGCCAGUCAUUUAUAUCAAGGACCACAGCAAACAAAAUGAUAGCAUUUAUGCAGGGUCAAGCCAGUAUGGAUUCCUGUCAGGAGUCCUUUGGGCAAUAGCUACCUGCUGUUGUUUCAUAGCUAAUCAAUCUCUGAGUGCUGUGGUUAGCUUUCCAAUCAUAACUGCGGGCCCAGGACUUGUAGCCGCUUUGUGGGGUGUCUUCAUUUUUAAAGAAAUACAGGGCCUACAAAACUACCUAUUGAUGAUAUUUGCAUUUCUCAUCAUCUUGGCUGGCAUAUUAUGCACCGUUUUCUCUAAACUCUAACAACGACAAGACCAGCAGAUGGCAGCAGUGGUUAAGAGAGCACUUCUAGACACUGGAGAAAUUGAGCUGUGUUCAUUUCUAGACAGAAACUGGAUCUCAGUGCUUCUUCUGAGUGGGUAAAUAGCUUUCCUUUUCACAUCUGAGAAUGAACAAAAAGUGAGUCUGGGGGGUCGGGCGGUGGCGCAGCGGGUUAAGCGCACGUGGCGCAAAGCGCAGGGACCGGCGUAAGGAUCCCGGUUCGAGCCCCCGGCUCCCCAUCUGCAGGGGAGUCGCUUCACGGGCGGUGAAGCAGGUCUGCAGGUGUCUAUCUUUCUCUCCCCCUCUCUCUGUGUCUUCCCCUCCUCUCUCCAUUUCUCUCUGUCCUAUCCAACAACAAAGCAACGUCAACAAUAGCAAUAAUAAACCGCAACGAGGCUGCAACAACUAGGGCAACAAAAAGGGGGAAAAAUGGCCUCCAGGAGGGGUGGAUUCAUGGUGCAGGCACCGAGCCCAGCAAUCACCCUGGAGAAAAAAAAAAAAAAAAGUGAGUCUGUCUAGUAUAAAAGCAGGUAUUCUUCUAAUUAGCUGUUUAUAAAGGCAGGACUUAGGUCUUCAUGGGAUAACUACAAUGCCUAUAUUCUUGUAGCCUUACAUCUUCCGCCUUCACUAUGGAUUUGAUGUGGUAUAAUUUUUAUAACAAUGUUGAGUUCAUAUGCAAAGAGCUUACAGUCCCCAUUUCAGUCAUAUUUGCCUCAUUUAUGAAAAGAAGAAGAAAAAUAUGGGAAAGAGGUAGACGAGCAGAGAGACUUAUAGUGGCAUUUAAAUUACAAAGUUGCCUGAAUUUUUUGCUAGCAAAAGUAAAUGUCAGAGGUAGUAACUGAAUGUUUAAAAGGCCAUCUCAUUAUUUUUAGCCCAAACUUACUUUUAUUUCAAGUUAAUAUUGCCUAAAACAACACCUGCCACCCAUCAUAGCUCAACAUGCUUUUGAUUAUCUCCAGAUAAAAUUCAUUAUCAGGGAACAAAAGUUUCCAACAGCUGAGAGUAUAUGGGGACCAGGUGGUGGCACACCUGGUUGAGCGCACAUAUUACAGUGCUCAAGGACCCAGGUUCGAGUCCCCAGGCCCCACCUGCAGGGGAAAAGCUUUGCAAGUGGUGAAGCAGGGCUGUAGGUGUCUGUCUCUUUCCCUAUCUCCCUCUUCCUCUUGACUUCUGUCUGUCUCUAUCCAAUAAAUAAAGAUAAUAAAAAAGAGAGUAUAUGAAUAAUACAAGCAUACUCUCAGUUGUUGGAAAUUUUUAUUCCCUGAUAAUGAAUUUUAUCUGGAGAUAAUGAAAAGCAUUUUGUACAUACAUAUUAUAUACAUGUAUAUAAUAUAUAUACAAAAUCACAUUUUCAUAAAUACAUAAAUAUAUACUAUUCCAAAUAUGAGGGAAACUACAGUUGCUGAACUUAAGUUCUGCUUGACCAGAGUGAACAUUUAAAGAAAAAAAUACUUCUCUGAUUUUGUAUGUAUUUUUUCUGAAAUACAUCUUUCUAAAAUGCCUCCUUUAACUAGAGGUUUUCUUCCUGUUUUAACUGCUGGUUUCUUCUGAGCAAAAGAAAAUAAUAGACAAUAUUAGUUUGAAUUAAAAAAAAACCUGCUAGUACACAACUUACAUUCUCUGUGUGAGAGCAAUUAAAAAUGAUACUAGGCACCUUUUUGAUUGUUGAAUUGCUAAUAUAAAUAUUUGAUUGUAACCUCAUGUAAAACUCAUUUAAUUUUAAACUGAAAUGCCAUUCUGAUAACUAGAUAUACUGAUAUGAUAAAAAUUUUAAUUAAAAUGUUUUCAGUGUUUAUAUUUGAUAGCAUAUAAUCUCAGUUGAGAUCCAUCAUUUCAUGCAAGGUGCAUAAUGUGAAAAAAGCAGUUGCAGAAGAAAAAUUAAAAGAAAAUAUUAUUCCUCCUAUAUAGUUUCCAGUAGCAGAUAUGCCUACAGUAUGAGUAAAAGUAGUGUGGAAAUAAAUAUGUCUCUUCAAAAUCAUUGCCAAACAACAACAUAGAGGAUAGUGAGCAAUUGCCAAAUCUACUUUCUUUGUUCAACUUGGAUACACACACACACACACACACACACACACCUAUCUCUCUUAAGGAUUUGAACUUUUAUUUUUCCUUGUUUAGUCAAAUGGUCAAAUUCUUGUGUUUAUUUUAACUUUUUUAUUUUAUUUUUUUGUUCCCCUCACCUUACCUAAAAUUAUAUCUUAUUCUUA